GCCACCAAACGGUCAUGCCUUUCAGUGAUUUUAAAACAAAAAUUAAAUUAAAAUCAAAUUUAUAAGCCAAACCAUGGAGGAUCUGGUUAAGAUGUGCCGUGUCUGCAUGGGCGAAGCAAUGGAACUGAUAGACAUAUACGACAACAGAAGUUGUUUGGGAGACAAAUUGACUGAGGAUCUAAAUAAAUUCAAGGAGCCGGAACCCACGCCGGCUGAUCUUCUGAGGGACUGCAGCGCAUAUCCGGUACUAUCUGGCGACGGUUUCCCCCUGAAGAUUUGUGAGACGUGCCUGAAAAGAAUGCGCGAGGCUUUUCGUUUUAAGAGGCGUUACAAAAAGACCAUAGAAUAUUUAGGACGCGUAAAGGCGGAAAAAAGCGACAAGGAGAUCUGCGAAAUUCUAGAGGCCGAAGAGUGGAAUCUGGAGGAUCACAUCAAGAGCGAAGAAAAGGGAAAGAAUGACGAAGAUGAUCUACUGCCGAAGAAAAACAAAGCCAAGGUGGUGGAGAAACCGCGGCCAUUUAAGUGUCCCGAAUGCCCGAAAAGUUUUACGGGCAAGGCCCAGCUUACCAUGCACAGCCGCAUACACAAAAAAAGAAUCUCUAGGACCAAACGAAAGUCUCUUAAAUAGUAUUCUCCGUAUGACUAUAGCGCCAAGCUAGUAUGCCAAUCGAUUUGUUACUAUAAGUUCUAUCGUAUUUGAAACAUAGAUAAAUUAAUUUUAUUGUUAACCACAUUAUAAGAUAUUUUAUAUU